UUUUUGAUUUCUAAUUACUACAAGAUUCCCUUGUAAUUUUUCCAGGAAAAAUAAAGAAAACAACGAAAUAAGAUUCAGAAGAUCUACUCUUAUCAGCCUUCAGAGUUGAUGUGUAAUGACAGACAAUAAAGAACAACAGGAAGAUGAACUCCUUGCUCUAUCCAGCAUAUUUGAUGAGACAGUGAUUUCACUAGUACAAGAUGACAGUGAUUGUGGGGGCCAGUUUUCUGCAAGUUUACACCUUCCAGAAAACUUUCAGUUGGCUGUGAUCAUUGAUAAAACAAAUGAUGAAAUUAAAGCUGAGGAAUUCCACAGAGUACAGCACCUACCUCCCCUGAUAUUAGACUUUCAGCUAUCUGCUGACUACCCCAGUGAUAGCCCACCUCAGUUUUCUCUGUCCUGCAAGUGGCUCAACAGGAAACAGUUAUCUUCAUUGUGUUCAAAGCUUGAUGAACUAUGGCAGGAAAACAAGGGAUCAGUUGUUCUGUUCACUUGGACAAGCUUCCUCUUAGACGAUUCCUUCAGUUUUUUAGGACUAGAAAAUCCACUGAUUAUUUCCAAUGACACAAGUCGACGAGACUCUAGUUUAGACGCUAGAGCCAUUCAGGACAUUGCUUCCUUUGAUCGCCUUCUUCCUGUGAUACUGGAUUACAAUAAACAAGCAUUACAGCUGGAGUUUGAUAAAUCCUUCUUUUCUUGCCAAGUAUGCUUUGGAGAGAAAUUAGGUUCCCAGUGUAUAAAAUUUAUUGAGUGCGGGCAUGUUUUCUGUAAGACUUGUAUGAGGGAGUACUUCACUGUGCAGAUAAGUGAUGGCAAUGUUAAGGGUUUGAACUGUCCGUAUGAUAAAUGUGAGUCACAAGCCCAUCCUUGUCAGGUACAGGAGCUGGUUACUAAACAGGUGUUUGCUAAAUAUGAUGAGUUGUUGUUGAUGACCAGCCUGGACCAGAUGGUGGAUUUGAUGUACUGCCCCCGCCCCUCAUGUCAAUAUCCAGUAUCAGUGGACAAGGAGAGUAACUUUGGUAACUGCCCCUCCUGCGGAUAUGUCUUCUGUGUCCUUUGUCAGCUAGUUUAUCAUGGAUUGUCUCCCUGUAAAGUCAAAUCAGAUGGAUUGCGAAAACUGAGAGAUGAGUACACAAAUGCUGAUGAAGAAACCAAAAAGUUACUGGAGAAGCGAUAUGGGAAGAAGACGAUAGAGGCAGCGAUAGCAGAAAGUUUGACAAAGGAAUGGUUGGACGAGUUCUCUAAGAACUGUCCAAGCUGUGGAGCAAAUAUUCAGAAAAUUGAUGGCUGUAACAAGAUGACGUGUAUGAAGUGUCGAGCCUAUUUUUGCUGGUUGUGUGAACAAUCACUGCCCCGAACCAAUCCAUACAGACACUAUAACACAGCGGAUAGCCCUUGUAGAAACAAAUUAUUUGAGGGAAUGAAUGAUUUUGGUGAUGAUGAUGAUGACCUAAUGUGGCUGUAGUAAUGAUUGUUGAUAGAUGUAAAAGCAGAAAUGAGAAGAAAUCAUAAGAAUAUUUAUCAGAUUGCCACUAGCCAUGAUUAACAGUGCUAAGUAACAAUUGGUUGUUCGGCUUCCUAGAGUUCAUAUCAACUGACCAGCCUAGUUUAUCUGUCAAUGUGUAGCUGAAUUUUGUUAUAUAGUACUCUUAAUAUGACAUCACAACAAAGCACAAAACAAUUAAGGAAUAAAUUUAAUAGCUACCCAAGUUAUACUGUAUAACCUGGGUUGGGGCAGUUUACGCUUUAUAAACCACAAAGGGGUUUUAAAAAAAAGCAUAAACUGCUCCAACCAAGGUUAUACAAGUAUAACUUGGGAAGCUAUGAAAUUGAUUCCUUAUAAUUCAGUUUUCUAUCAUUAAGUGUAAAGAAUAAGAAAAUUUUCCCUUCAAAAAUGCCUACAUGUUGUAUAAAUUUUAACUGUAACAUCAAGCGGAUUGAUAUAUUUUUGAUAUAAAUUAUUGUGAUGUAGGAAAAACAGGUUAUGAGAUAGAAACAAAUUUUUCUGUCCAAUCAAAUGGUGCAUUACAACCAAAAUUAUCAUAGGACUGGCCUGUUUGUGCACAUUAUGUGUGAACCUUGACAGAGUAAUUGGAUGGAACAGAAAAUACCAUAUGACUUGCCUGUCUCAGCACUGAGGUGCUAGGAAUAUCCAGAGAAAGAAGACUUUAAGGUCAAAGACAAAAGAAAGUUUCAAAAAUGUUGUCAACACAAUUUUAGAGUCCUAUGCGACCUUCCAGUCUAAGAUGGAGAGUAGCUAGGGGAGGAAUUCUAUGGAUUUUACGGUCAAAGGUGAAGGUCACAGACAUUGAAAAGUUUCAGCUUUAUUUAGGACAGUUAUUAAAAGAUCCUUUUUGACUUUUCAACCCUUUUCUUUCAGUAGAGAUUUGAAGAGAGGUCAGAUGAUCGAUCAUAGUAAAGAUAAAAUCAAAAGUUUUAAGAUCAGAGACAGUGAUAGAUUAAUUAAAUACUUUGGACACAAUUUAAUUAUGUACUUUAAUAUUUGAACUAAUCAUUCAUAUACUUUAUGCAGAAAUGCUAGGUGGCCAAAUUUAGAAAGCUGAGAAUUUAUGGGUGAUAGAAUUUGAUGCAACUGGAGAAAAAAUGCAUUGCCAUUUAAUUUUAAUAUGUUAGUUUAUUGGGUACAGAGAUUUUAAGUGGCAAGUAAAAUGUCAAGAUCAAAGGUAUAAACAAGCCUUUAUUGUUCCUAACAUUAUUAUAUCAAUGUUAUAUUAGAUAGUUCAUAAUUUUUAAAUCAUACUAUGGGAGGGAAUGCUGUGUUUUGUGAUAUGUGAAGUUUAUGGUUGUUGCCUUCCUUUACAAGCACAAAAUCAAUGCCUUUCAUUUUCUUUGUGUCAUGGCUUUUUUUCUUCUUUUUUUUAUAAAGAAGAAUGAAUUAUCAAAAUGUGACAACCAGUGACUACCAGCCUACCAUUAUCUCUGUGAUGAAUUCCUAGUUUUGUUUUUGAAAAUGCCAUUAUACUGCCGAAUGUGUGUGUUAUUGAUAAUCCAGAGUGAAUACUAUGUAUACAUGUAUGUUAUGUAUAGAUAUAAAAAAAAAGAUACUUAGCAAUAAUCUUAUUGAAAUCAACUUGUGUCUCUGUGAUUAAAAUAUUGUAUAUUUAUUGAUUGAGAAUGAAUUUACAGUAUGGAUUUAUCAUUUUUAAAUUAUUUUAAUUUCUGAAUUUUUCCUCUUUUCCAUAUUUGAAAAUACAAGUAGGAGUAUCUGUUAUCUCUGCCGUCAUGUUUCUAAUUACACGUUAAUUUUGUGAUUUCUUGCCGAAGAUGGCAGAAAUACUGCUGUUUCAGUAUAAAGUCCUAUAUAACUUGUAAUCAAUCAAUCAAUUUUGUGUGAUUUUAUGAAAAUCAUGACAUGAAUAGAGUAUUUAAUUAUAUGUUGUUUACAAAUUUUGUUCCAUUAAAUCCAUAUGUGAU